UUGUUUAGUCCUAGCGUUGUUUUGAAAUUUCGACUUUUAAUUUCGAUUUUUUUUUAUUUUUUUUUCUACGUCCGAUUUUUGAGGUCUACAUAUUUAUUUCGAUUUAUUAUUUUAUUUUUCCUCUAUUUUCUUUCAUAUUUUUUUUCUUUUUUCUAAAAUUAAUCAAAAAUUUUUUUAAAUUUAGAUAUCUUUUUUUUUUAAUUUUAAUCAAGAAAAUGUUGGAUUCUCAAAAUUUAGAAGAAACGAUUAAACAACUUCAAAGCAGCGGCAUUCUGUUUUGUGUUGAGUUUGUUGGAUCAGUUAUUGUGGAGAAAUCAAUUAAUUCAUUAUCUGGUGAUAAACAAACUCAAUUUGCGAGGGCCUGUAUGAAAUUUGUGAUUAACAAUGUAGUCUCUUCUAUUAAAAUUGUUGAGGAUGAUAAUGUAGAUUUUGCAAAGUAUCUCAAUUUGCAAGUGCAAUCCUUCAAAAACGAUGUUGAAUUAAACAUUUCUUCUUCUGCUUUUAUUAUUAUUGAUACAACAAACAUGCGGCCUUUGCAUCGGUUUAAUAUUCAAGAUAUUUCUUUGUUUUCACCAGGGUUUGAGGAAUUUUCUACUUUCUUUUGUUUUUUCGCGAAAGACCAAAUUGGUGAUCAACCCCCUUUGAGAAGAUGUUUUGUUUUUAAUGCUCAAGAAGAAUUGGAAGAUGUUAGGGAUGCAAUAUAUUUUGCGUUUAAAUUAAAUGAACACAACAAAAAGAAUUUUGUGGAAAAUGGAAAUAAUUGUUUAAAUAAUUCAAGAAAAUCUUCUAAUGAUUUUGGUAAUGAAUGUCCUGUUAGAGAAGAUGAUUCAAAGACGCCAAUUCCUUGUCAAACGCCUCCAACGCCAAUUUGCAAUGAACAAAAAUUUUUUGAUACAAAUUAUUUGAAUGGCAAUAGUGAAGAUAAUACAAUUAGUAAUUUAAAAUUAGCACCAGAAUUACCUCCUCGUAAAAGCAGACAUUCGUUAAGUGCUGAUGUUUCUGCUUUGGUAAAAGUGUCAAAACGAGGAAGAAGCGAAUCAAAUUUUGCCGACGGUUCUUCUUUUCGUUUAUCAAUUGAUCGUCUUCAAGAAUUAACAACAGAUUUGUCAAAACAAAAAUGGUUUCAUGGAUUAUUAACUCGUGAAGAAUCGGAUGCUCUUUUAUGUGAAAAUGGCCAAUUUUUUGUUCGAAAUAGUCCGUCAAAUCCAAACAGAUUUGUUUUGGUUGGAAUGCAUAAUGGAAAAGUUGUACAUAUUCGUUUACUUAAUAAUGAAGGGAAGGUUUGGAAAUUUUUUUAUUUUUUGGAAAAAUUAAAUAAAGGAAAAUAG